AUGCCGCGCAAAGCCAUCGACUCGCGUAUCCCCGCGCUCAUUCGAAAUGGCAUUCAAGAGAAAAAACGAAGCUUCUUCGUCGUCGUCGGCGAUCGCGCCAAGGAAGCCAUCGUCAACCUCCACUGGAUAAUGUCCGGCGCAGACGUGAAGCAGAACAAAUCCGUGCUGUGGGCAUACAAGAAGGAUCUGAUCGGAUUCAGCAGUCACCGCAAGAAACGAGAAGCCAAGAUUAAAAAGGAAAUCAAACGGGGCAUUCGCGAACCGAACUCCGAGGACGCUUUUGAGUUGUUUAUCAGCUUGAAUCAGAUUCGAUAUGUAUACUAUAAAGAGACCGAGAAGAUUUUGGGUAAUACAUAUGGAAUGUGUAUUUUGCAAGAUUUUGAAGCUAUAACGCCGAACUUAUUGGCGAGGACGAUUGAGACGGUCGAGGGUGGUGGUAUUGUAUUGCUGCUAUUGAAGGGAAUGAAGAGUUUGAAGCAGUUAUAUACACUGUCGAUGGAUAUCCAUUCGCGGUACCGAACGGAAGCCCAUGACGACGUUGUCGCGCGAUUCAAUGAACGUUUCAUUUUGUCACUGGGAAGCUGUGAUUCGUGCCUUGUGGUGGACGAUGAACUGAAUGUUCUUCCUAUCUCAGGCGGAAAGAAUGUAGCACCUCUCCCGCCGCCAAACCCUACCGAGGACAGCAAAUCACCGGCGCAGAAGGAAUUACAGGAAAUCAAAGACAGUUUAGCAGACUCCCAGCCGGUGGGAUCGUUAGUUACACUCGCCAAAACCGUUGAUCAAGCGAAAGCUUUGCUCACUUUCGUCGAUGCUAUUGCCGAGAAAACACUACGGAGCACUGUUACCCUUACUGCUGGUCGUGGUCGAGGAAAGUCCGCCGCUUUGGGUGUUGCUAUAGCUGCUGCUGUCGCCCAUGGUUAUAGCAACAUCUUCAUCACAUCCCCCAGCCCAGAAAACUUGAAGACUCUGUUCGAGUUUGUGUUCAAGGGCUUUGACGCUUUGGGAUACUUGGAUCAUGUUGACUAUACCAUUCUUCAGUCGACGAAUCCAGCCUUCAAUAAAGCUAUUGUUCGUGUCAACAUUCAUCGAAACCAUCGCCAGACCAUUCAGUACAUCCAACCUCAAGAUGCUUAUGCUCUUGGACAAGCCGAACUUCUGGUCAUCGAUGAAGCUGCUGCAAUUCCUCUUCCUCUCGUACGAAAGCUUAUGGGGCCGUAUUUGGUGUUCAUGGCCUCAACAAUUAAUGGUUACGAGGGCACUGGUCGAUCACUGUCCUUGAAACUCAUUCAACAGCUUCGCGAGCAGAGCCGUGGAGCCAGUCUCAAAGAUGCCGAUACCGAUAUCGCCGAUCGCUCAACAGGAAAGUCAACAAAGAAUUCCGAGAAAGGUCUCAUCGGAAGCAGAACCUUGAGAGAGGUUACUUUAUCCGAACCAAUCCGUUACGCCGCGGGUGAUUCUGUGGAAAAGUGGCUUAACAAAGUCUUGUGCCUGGACGCUACUCUUCCAAAGUCGAAGAUGAACACUCAAGGAUGCCCGUAUCCAUCUCAGUGUGAGCUGUUGCACGUCAACCGUGAUACACUUUUCUCUUUCCAUCCCGUCUCUGAAAAAUUCCUCCAACAGAUGAUGGCCCUAUAUGUGGCUAGUCACUACAAAAACUCGCCAAACGAUCUUCAGCUCAUGAGUGAUGCACCUGCCCACCAGCUUUUUGUUCUGGUUCCUCCCAUCGACGAAGAAGCUACAAAGCUUCCAGAGCCGUUGUGUGUCAUCCAGGUUGCCCUCGAAGGUCGUAUCAGUCGGGAGAGCGUCAUGAACAGUCUCAGCCGUGGUCAACGUGCUGGCGGUGAUCUUAUCCCAUGGCUCGUCAGUCAGCAAUUCCAGGACGAAGAUUUUGCCGGAUUAUCAGGAGCCCGCGUUGUUCGCAUAGCCACGAAUCCCGAAUACUUGAACAUGGGAUACGGAUCACGAGCUUUGGAACUUCUUGUUGAUUUCUAUGAGGGCAAGUUCGCAAAUCUCUCUGAGGAUGCUUCGUAUGCUGCAGAAGAAAUGGUUCGAGUUACAGAUGAUCAACUCGAGAAUGCCAAUCUAUUGGAUGAUGAUAUCCACGUCCGAGACAUUCGCUCCAUGCCUCCCUUGUUCGGUAAAUUGUCCGAGAAACGGCCCGACACACUCGACUACGUCGGCGUCAGUUAUGGAUUGACCCCAUCGCUACACAAAUUCUGGAAGCGUUCAUCCUUCAAUCCAGUCUAUCUCCGCCAGACCGCAAAUGAGCUUACAGGCGAACACUCAUGUGUUAUGCUCCGAGCAUUGGCUGCAGGAUCUAACGACAUCAGCUGGCUCAGCGCAUAUACCAGAGAUUUCCACAAACGUUUCCUCUCUCUCCUAUCCUACCAAUUCAAAGAGUUCCCGUCUGUUCUGUCGCUUAGUAUCUGCGAGUCUGCCACCGCUGGAUCUAAGCUAGACCCCUCAUUCUCGCCCUCGCCCUUGACAAAGGCUGUCCUCGACGCCGCCUUCUCUCCGUUCGAUCUUAAGCGUCUCGACAGCUACGCAAACAACAUGCUCGACUACCACGUCAUCUUGGACAUGGUCCCCAUCGUUGCUCAAUUCUAUUUCCUCGGUAGCCUCCAAGGCAAAGUCAAUUUGUCGGGUGUUCAACAAUGCAUCCUGCUCGCGGUCGGUCUCCAGCGAAAGAACAUUGACGAGUUGGAGAAAGAAUUGAAUCUCCCUUCGUCUCAGCUCUUGGCUAUGUUCAUCAAAAUCGUCAGGAAGAUCUCUACUCAUUUCCGUGGAUUACUCGAAGGCGCCGUCGCUGCAACACUGCCAGAAAACUUGAAUACCGUUGACGUUUCCGGUGCCCAUGACGAUGUCGUCGUUGACAGAUUCCAGCCGCUCGAGACUGGCCUUGAGGAGGAAUUGCGUGAAGGCGGAGAACAGAUCGACAAAGAAAUGAGGGAGAAACAACGAGCAUUGAUUGAUGCCCUUCCGCUUGACAAAUACGAGAUCAAUAACGGAACAGCCGGUUGGGAAGAGGCCGAAAAACAGAUUCGAAAAGGCGGUGCAGCUACUGUGAGCGUCAAAAGCACCAAGACUUCUAAGCGCAAGGCUGGCGAAUCUGCACGAGAAAUUUAUGAGCAAGAGAUCGAUUCCAAGAUUCAAAAGAAGAUCAAGAAAGGGACAGAGGGGAAAAGGAAGUGA